AUGAUAAGAGUGGAUGUGUGUGUAGGUGGGUGGUGUUACCAGACCCAAUCUUCCUGUGACAACCCUUGCAGAGAUCCGAGCAGGUGGUCUUCAGAUUUCCCUCGCUGCGGGGGUCUGCGCCAGUCCCCUAUCAACAUCGUCAGCCGUAAAGUUCACGUCAACACGGAGUUGCCACCCCUGGAGUUCAUAGGUCACGACGAUCGCAUCAACAUCACUGUGGAGAACAAAGGACAUUCAGCUCACUUCCACCUGCCUCAGUCGGUCCGCCUCAGCGGAGGAGCACUGCCGGGUCACUACCGGGCCGCACAGUUCCACUUCCACUGGGGGGCCAGCGGGACCCCUGGAUCGGAGCACACCAUCGAUGGAGAGAGAUUCCCCAUGGAGCUUCACAUAGUUCACAUCAAAGAACCGUACGGGUCUCUAACUGAAGCAGAGCACGACAUGGCAGGGAUUGCCCUGCUUGCCUUCCUGUUUGAGGAAGCCACUGACGAUCAUCCUCAUCUGGACACAGUCAUAGCAGCUCUGGGCCAAGUGCAGCAUAACGGCUCCACAGCAGUGAUCUCCAACUUCCAACUGAGCAAUAUCAUCCCGCCGUCUGAGGAGCUGCGUGGUUAUUAUCGCUACGUGGGCUCCAUGACGACACCGGGAUGCGAACAGGCAGUGGCGUGGACAGUCUUCCACAAGACGCUGCCCGUUAGCAGCCGCCAGCUUGAUGCCGUUGUGCAGCAGUGCCGCUUCUGGACGGGUCAGCCUAUGAUGGACAUCUUCAGGCCCACGCAACCACUGGACGGACGCGCGGUGUACCGCUCAAACUCUGCUGCGCGUCCAUGCUUUGCAGGCUUCUUUGUCAUACUCACAACUGUAGUGUUCAUCCAUUAA